AUGUCCGUAAGAAGGUUCUGUUUGAACCACCAGCUGCAACGAAAACGACAUGUGACAGACGCUCAGCUUGAAAUUGCGAUCACGUCGUCCAUAGAGAAGACAGGCCCAUCCUAUGCACGCAAGUUCAUGACCGGCUAUCUGUCAUCAGUUGGGGUGAGAACAGGUGAGAGUCGGGUGGGCAAGAUUCUGAGGGAGGUACACCAGCCAUACAACGAGUUACAUCGUCGGGCAGAGGGAUACCGAACCAACUUGCAGCAGCUGGCUGCCCCUCUAGAAUCCCAAUCGAGUUGA